UUAUGUGGAUCUGAUUCAAAAUUGACCUCUUCCUUUACAUACUUUAUAUUGAAUUAUGGAAAUAUGGAACCACCAAAAAUUUCAUUUUACUCUGAAAUCUCAUUGAUGAUGUUUGGCUUUGGAGAUAGCCACACACCGAACCCUGAAACAGUUAGCCUAGUAGAAAGUAUAACUUUGAAGCAACUUAGGACAUUGGUACAAGAAGCUCUAAAGUAUUCAGAUGGCAAAAAUAUUAAAGGUGAAGAACUGGUUUUCCUUAUGAGGCACAACAAGCACAAAAUGAGGAGAUUCAUUAAAUAUUUGAUGAAUAAACAGAACAAAUUAGCAAUCCAGAAAAUGCAGACAAACUUGGCCUUUGAAGUAGAUGGAUCUGAUAGACCCAAAGGUGACCUGAUGGAGUUUAUUGAAAGAAUAGACGAAACUGGAGAGUUUAUGGACUUGUCUGAAGUUGAUGAAGUAAAAUUUCAGCGCCAGUUACGUGCAGAUCGAAUUUCUCAAGCUUUGGAUGAAAAAAAGUACUUGGAAUUCUGUAAAGCUAGAUGUGCCUCAUUCUACAGUAAAGAAACUACUCACAGAAGCUUGGAUAAAUUGAGAUUGUGGGUAGACCCAAAGAAAGAAAUAAAUUUCCAACCUGAAGGUCUAGAUGUACUAGGUUAUUAUGCAUAUCAGACAGUAGCUGAAAUCAUUGACUAUGCUCUGCUGGUGCGAAUGGACACUAAAUGUGGUACUGAUCCAUUGAAACACUUGGCUGGAUCUUAUUAUACUGCUACAAUGUUCAAUGGGAAGCAUCAUUUUGAAAAUGGAAAUCCUGACUAUACCAAGGUCCACAACAGUCAACAUGCCAUUAGUGUUAAUGAGAUCAAAGAAGUUAUGAGGAGGGUAACUACUCCUCAGGCAGGGAGGUUGAAUUUUGGGGGUAAAUUACCUGAAACACAUUUUUUAUUUGCUAUUUGAAAUGUACAAUAGGUAUAUUGUAUCUACUACUAUUGUAUUGUAAUUUGUAAUCAUUGUAAAUUUAUGAAAUGAUAUCCACAUUGACAAUUUAGAUAUCUUAGACCUAUCUGAAAGUGUCCCAAACAAUUGUUUUUCUUCAAUUUACAUUAAAAGUUGCAUUUUCUUCUGA